AUGGAGGGAUUCUUGAAAGACUAUGGAUUUUGGGAUGUUAUUGAACCUACAGCCGACGUAGUUGUAGAUGAAAGGAAGAUGUACACCGCAUUAGGGUACAUAUGUCAAACCCUACCGGAAGACAUCUUGGUACAAGUUGGCAUACUCAUGAAUGCUAAGGAAGUAUGGCGUGCCUUGAAGAUUCGAUUUCUUGGAAUCGAUCAUGUACGAAAAGAAGAACAGGAAAAAGCAGCUCAAGAAGCCGCUGAGAAAGAAAGAUUGGAUGAGAUCGCUGAGAAAGAAAGAUUGGAUGCGAUUGUUCAAGAAGAACAAGCACGUAAGAAAGAAGCUCAGGAAGCUACAGAAAAAGAAGAAGCUUUGCAAACAGUUUUGGUAUGUUUUCCUAACUCAAACAACCUUGAAGAUGAAGAAACUGUUAAGAUCAGUUUGCAGCAGCGAAGCAAGAAACCUGCUACUGAUCAUGAUGAUGAUGAGAGAAAAGAUUUAGUACCGUAUGAAGUAAAGGGUGCAAUUAACAAGUCUGCACAUUUAGAACCGUAUGUGAAAGUCAACAAUCGAGCAUCUGUUGAAGAAAAAUCAGAAUUGAAUGAAAAGUUCAAGGGAAUAGUCAAAAAGAAAAGCCCAACAUGGUUUAAUAAAGAAAGAAAGACUAACCAACCUGCGAGUUUUGGAUCAAAGUCGAAUGACCAAGAAUGUUUAGAUAAGCAAAGAAAGAAAAGAAGUGUGGGGAAAAAGAACUUGUCAAUUGAACAAGUGAUGCAACAAAUAUUUGAAGACAGAAAAGUUCAAGAAAAGAAAGUGAAGAAUGAAUUUGCAUUUGAGAUUAAUGUGGAUGGUUUGAAUGAUGAGCGUGAAGAACCUGUUAAACAGGUUUGUUACAAACAAAUGAAAAGAAAGAAUAAAGACGGACCAAUGAUUGGAAUUAAAGAGUUGAGAAUGUUGUUGGGGAUUCAAGACCUUGGCGGUACAAAGUCAAGAAAGUUUGAGUCGAGUUUUUGGAUUAAGGAGGAAUGUUGA